AUGGGCUGUGCUGUCGACCCAUUCGUGCGUUCAGCCAGACUCGGCGAUGAGACGGCCAUCGGCAUGAUCCAUGUGCGUCGUAGCAGGAAACAUACCAGGACUGCAUGCCUCGGGGCUUUCUCGACGGGUUGGAUGGGAAGAAACCCCCGAAGGGGCGUCGUUGUGGUGGUCGAUGAGUCGUCACGGCAUCAAGAUGGAGGAGAGGGUAUCGUUGGUUUCGCCAUGUUUGGCCCGUCCCGCGACGCCGACGCGGAGGAUGACCAGCGACAUAUCGGCGAGGUUGACGCAGUAUACCUACGCCGUGAAUGGACUAGCAAGGGGUUGGGACGGCUCCUGAUGAACGCGGUAGUUACAGGGCUCGCACAGUUCGGGUACGAAGAGGCAACACUGUGGGUUCUGGACACGAACGCACGCGCAAGGCGGUUCUACGAGGGGGUGGGCUGGGCGGCGGAUGGCAGUGUCAAAGAGGACUCGAUCAGGGGUAGAUUUACCAUUUGCGAGUUGCGAUACUGGCGGUCGCUCGUGGAGACAUCGAUUCGGGCUGAAAUCGAUUCUUUGUAA